AAAAGGUUCAGAAGAAGAGGCAGAAGAAGAAGAUUCCUCUAACGGCUACGUCGUGCUCAACGCAAAAGCGCGCAUCUCAUGCCCCCUGAGCAGCCGGAAGGUGCCGUUCAAGAACCAGCACAGCGCCAGCAGCAGCGGGGUGACGUCAUCGUGCGCGACGGUUGCUCCCUCGCGGCCGCGGCGGCUUUCUGGUUGAUCGGCGGGAUCGUCGGUGCUUCGGCAGGCGCGCUCGGCUUCUACGUCAUCUCGUACGUGCUGGGACUUCAAGCCGAGCCCACGCCACCCGUGGCGCCACCCGAGAGGGACGACGGCACCGUGUGCUACUCGCGCGACUGCCUGGCCGCGGCCGAAUACCUGCGCGACCAGCUGAACCCGCUGCUCGAGCCGUGCCGCAACUUCACGGACCACGUGUGCGGGCGCUUCCAGGGACCCGGACAUAGCGUCGUGGAGCUGCAGUCGUGGCGCACCCACCUCGAGGUGAUGGUGGCGGCAGGUCAUCACUUGUCCGGCGCACGUGGCAAGGCUUCGCAGCUGCUCAAGCAGUGCCUGCUUAUCUACACGGUCGCCACGUCCAGCCACCAGUCACUGCGGGACUUCAUGAAGCGGCUCAAUCUCUUCCUGUACAGCCCGCCUCCGACGGCGCCCGUCGCGUCAGACCAGGUGUUGGCACUGCACGUAGAGCUGUCCUACACGUACGGGGUGAGCGGUCUGCUGCGCAUUCGGCCAAGCCUCGCACGCUCUCUCUCGGUGGAGAUGGACGGCGUAGCCUUGACGGCUUCGCUGAAAAGACAGAGGGAUCCUUUGCAUCCCUUGGACCUGGCUACCAUAGCUGGAGUGAAGAGGAAUCUCAGUUUGGUGACGCUGAUGAAAAGCCUGUUUGACAGCAUGGAGCACGCAGUGGCGACAGCGGCGAUCGAUACCUCUGCUCAGGCUGCAUCAGCGCUCCUCAAACAGGUGAAAGACCUGAAGUUCACCGGAGUGAGUGCGAACGCGUUCGCCGAUGCCAUCGAGGCGAAGACGGUGUACCGCCGAGACGCGAGCGUGUUCGAGAGUAGCCAGCUAAUGACGCUGCUGGAGAGCGUGUGGCGCGAGUUCUCCGUCGGCGCUGAACUGUUCCUGUGGACCAGCUGGUACGUUCUCGACGAGCUGGCUCCUUUCGUCGAAAAGUCGGUGGCCGUCCGGACGCGAAGUGUCAUACCCUUCAGUCUGGCCUGCGUGGGGAUGGUAUCGCACACCAUGGCCCCAGCACUGGCUGCGCUCGUUCGCUCGUCACAAGUCACGAGCAAGGCUCGCCACCAGAUAACCACAAUGACCAACGUCCUCGCCAGUUGUCUCAAUGAAAAGACUUCUUUGAUAUCGCCGUUCGCGACACCUCUUCGGGUGAUCGUGGGCUUUCCUCCGCAUGCCGACAGCGUGGAGCGGCUGGAUGCCUUCUACGCCACGUUUCCGGUGCCGCGGCAGCUGACCAACGCCUUCUUUGCCGACUGGGCGGCGGGGGCUGACGAGCGCGCCUUGCGCCUGUCCGCCGACCAGGACCACGUGGACGUGUUCGCGCUGGACGUUGACGUGGGCGCCGACGGCGCGGUCGCCGUGCCGGCAGCCCUGUUCGCACUGCCCUUCUUCGUGCCUGACGGUCCGGUGGCACUCAACGUGGGCGGGCUCGGACACUUGAUCGCCAGGCGGCUCGCUCAGAGGUACCUGGUGCCGAACUCACUCCUGCCCGCCCGGUGCCAAGCCUUGGCCUCGGGCAGCGAAGCGGACUGGCUCCUGCCGAACCUGCUUGCCUACUCUUGCAUUGGUCACGCGCUGUCCGCGCUGAAUGGAAGCCACCAACGCCGUCUGCCUCAACUCGCUGGGCUCAAGCCGGAGGCGAUGAUGUACACCGUCGGCUGCCUGAAGGAUUGCCUCGCACGACGUGGGGAACUGGGUCGUUGCACGGCGUCGUCGCAGGGCCUGAAAGGGUUCGAGGAUGCGUUCUCCUGCGACUUGAAAGGACAACAGGGUCCCACCUGCACGUUGUGAUAACAUUUUCGCGCACAAGAGUCCGUUCUGUCACAAGAACAUUAUACCAUUUGGUGAAGGUACGAGGUAGAACAAACAAGAAAACGCCAUCGAAUAAAAAGUAUAUUUUUUUUCCUGCUUUA